AUGGCGGAACUGUGCUGCCCACGGGACAAUUAUUGGGUCAAGAUUUAUUUUAAGUAGUUAUUCAGACAUUAAUCAGGUACGCUCAAGGUUAAUGCACUGCAUGCGUUAAUGUAGCUUCAGCCCGCUUCUGUACACUAUUCUGAUCCUCAACCGUUACAUAUCUCACGAGAGUCAGCGCGCGUUUGACGGAGAGCUCCGAGUGAGCUCGAAGCUUCCACAAGCCGGAAGAACACAACCAGCGAGGAGGGAAUGGAGAUAGACUGUCAGCCUGAGGAGGCCAUCGUCACUUCAUUUGAUGAGGAUUGUGUGGAACUUGGUGACGUCAAGGACAUGAGACUAGAGGCAGAAGCAGUGGUCAAUGACGUUCUUUUUGCUGUCGCUGAAAUGCACGUGUCACAGAGUCUUAACAGUGCGUCGGAUGUGGCGUACAUAAACGUGGAAACCAGAGAGGGAAACCGGUACUGCCUGGAGCUCACAGAGGCAGGACUGAGGGUGGUGGGCUAUGCCUUCGAUCAAGUGGACGAGGAUUUGAGCACCCAGUAUCAUGAGACUGUUUACUCCCUGCUGGACACACUGAGUCCCGGGUACAGGGAGGCCUUUGGGAACGCUCUGCUCCAACGGCUCGAGAGGCUGAAGCAAAAUGGACAAUAAAAAUAUAAAGGACCAAGUCAUUCAAAAGUGGGUCAAAUGGAACAGAAGCUGAGGAUGUGGGUGUAUUUGGACAUGAGUCAUCAAAUAUUAUUCUAGCAUACUAUGUGACGUUUGCCUGCCUGUCUGCCACCACAAAGCGGGCCUGCCUGCCCUAUCUUCUGCUUUCUUCUGACAUUCAUACCAUCGAAUGACUACAUGUUAGUUUAGGGAUUGGCUGUGCGGGGUCUGUUGCAACAAUGUGUUGUGGACUUCACUGUGGAAAAGAUCUUCCUGCUCCCACAUGUUACAGCUCUGUAACUGUGAGUUCAGCACCUUUUGUACUGAUGAAAAAUGAUCUGAGAAAGCAGCAGCACGUUUUUACAAAGUAUUCAGUCAGUUUCACUCUCUGCCCUGCUUGCACUAAAGCUCAGAACUGCUCAGAUAUUAACAACCGGUUUGUUGACAGCAAGUGGGAGAUGGCCAAAGCUAUAGUAUAUCAGCUUCAGUCUUUUAAACUGCCUUAAUGCCUGACUUUUGGUUAGAAAAGUACAAAAACUCCUUUAUUUAUCCUUGUUGAAUCUUGUGUUGACAGAUAAUUUAUAUUAUAUUCUGCCUUUGACUAAGCUGGCUCAGUAUUCAGUACCAAGUAACACUAUUUUGCUUUUCUCUCUUUUUUUGAACUACAACUCAAGCUUACACUUCAGGCUGCUGCUGUAUCCUUGUGGGAUAAAUACUUUUAUUUCUAUUGUGGUUAAAUUUUGGUUCAUUUUGUUGUGCUGCUCAGCAUUUGUGGGACCUUUAGAGCCGCUUUACAGUGUUGGUUUAUAGUACAUGUGACCUGGUUAUGAUCCUGAUACUUCAGUGUUAAGAUAUCUACUUUGAGAAAACUUGCUCCAUUUGCAUUUCUACUGUUAUUCCUUGCUGCUGGCCUUUGCUCAGACCAAUAAAGUCUUAAAAAAGA